UUUACAAAAGAGAAGAAAUUCUGUGCCAUCAUUGUGUUAAUUCUGUGCAUUUUGAAUUGUCAACGACUCGUUGCUAAGUAUAUAAUAGCUUCGUUUGAGCCUCUUCCAUUUUGUCGUCUUGAUGUUCCCCACAUAAAGAGGACGUUUGUGGAUGACAUCCUCGACUGUGGCUUCGAUUACCUCGAGAACAACUUCUGCAUUUCAUUCAACGUGGCUGGUUUUGCUGAUAGUACAGGAAAACUCUGGUGUGAGCUUCUAUCGUCCCAUUUCUACAAUAACACUGAAAAGCUCAUUGCAGAUAACCAUUUGCAUCACCCCAUGUUGAAGGUAGAAAACUAGUAAUAUUGGUGUAGGAUGGAUUCCGCUAACAAGAAAUAUCCAGAAUCAGAGCGUUCAUGAAUUAGGAAAGCAAGUAAUUUCUCGACCAAACGGCGCCCUACUGUUUUUCAUAAUAAUGAAAUCAUACUACGAAAAGGCUGAAAUUUCAUUUAGGAAUUUAUCAAAAUUUGAACUCGCGAGGCGGGAGUCCUGAAGUGUUUAUUCCUAAUGAUGAUAAAAAAAACAAAAACAUCAGUUAUUCGCUGCAAACACACAAAGUUUACGAGGAUGGAAACAGUUGAAAAAGAAAAUUUUAAUGUCAACAAAGGCACCUAUUCAUGAGAUUUAAUUUAAAAGGUUUAAUUCCAGAAUGAGGAUGCGUAUAAAAAUGGAAGCAGUUUUCUUAAAUAGGUUUUGUGUUCUUGCGGAUAAAAAGUCUGUAUCUAGAUAUACAUUGCCGUAAGGGUCUUUGGCAAAUCACUUUCCUUUCUUUCAUAAUUUACCUCUCUAAAUACACAAAAUAUAUUUUCUUUGUCUAAAGUUCCCUAACGAACCGUAUUUAAUUGCCCGGUUAAAAAGUUAUCCUUUGGUACCCUGUGUAGCUCGGAGAAAUGCCGGAGCAAGGAUCAAAAAAUAGAAAAACAAUAGUGAAGUAAUCAAAAAAGGUUAAGUUGAGGAUAGCUUGCAAAAAGUUCGUGACUCAUAUAAACUGACUCCUUUCUUCUUCCCCGACCAAUGAAUUGGCAUCAUACUCUAUUUGGUAGCUAGGUAUUUCUCGGGAAUAAAAGAAAACGGGUUACAAGUUCGAAUCUUAUCGAAUUCGUUGUUGAAAGUAGUAACUGAUGGGUUUGCUGAUACCCAUCAUCACUUUUCUACAUAAUUUAUUGGUGUUGAGAGGAAAAGUUCUGGCUCAAUCACCUCUGGAAAGUUCAAGGUUGAUACUCUGAAGACCGGCUUGAAAAAUAAUUGGCAGAAAAACAAUGCAUUCAUGACCUUAACGAUGUUUAUUCUCUAAGAAUCCUUGUACCGGACAAACUUGUUCCAGCCAUGGGAAAUGUUCACCGAUUUCAUUCAGAGACAGAAUCCAUAAAUGCAUUUGCUACCCGGGUUAUCGUGGCAGUGAUUGUGAAAUCGGUAGGUAACUUUUGAAGUUUUUCAUCGUACAGUUACUGCAAAAAUUUUUUUAUUCCAUGAUAAUGAUAACCACAAGUGAUCUUUAGGACAGAUCUUUGAUUUUUCUGACUGGUCAUAUUUCCUAUUGUGGAAACCAACUCACAUCCCAUCGGAGAAGGUACGUGAAAUAAAGUUCAGGGAUCAAAUGUGCCAAUGAAUUAUAGUAGGAUGCUUUCUAGGAGCUGUUCAUUUCAUAUUUUGUCAAAUGGACAUAGCUUGACAAAACUCUGACUGAGCAAAAGAUAGUGUGAUUCGAAAACAAAUUAUAGUGCUGAGAGCCAGUCAGAUUGCAAGGAUCAAUAAUGAUUUCAAAAUGGAUGUAAUAAAAAUUUUUUUUUCUGAAAAUGACAAAGUAUGACAAAAAACUGACAAUCUUAAUCUGAGUAAGAUGGCCUAGACAUUCGCUCUUCAGGACGUUAGUUGUAAGUUUCUUAACUUUGACUAAAAUGUGCAAACUUAUUUUCAGCGCCAGGAGAAUGUAUAAAUUACAGUGUACUGUGUCUGGCUGGUACAGAUUUCAAUCCAGUUCAUACACUAAAAUGCUGGACCAAUGUGUCAGUCCCCGCAAAUGCCUAACAGUCAUUACAGGUUUCUUAAACGGGCUGCACCCACUCAUCGAGGAUGGCAUUGUCGACAGGGAGGCAUGUUUCCAUGGUUAUUCUAAUUGCUGCUACAGAAAAGUUAAAAUUCAUGUGAGGAGAUGCGAUGGUUUUUAUGUUUACUACUUAAAUCCAUCACCUGCUGGAUCAUUUCGCCAUUGUGCGAUAUAG